CGUGAAGGCGUGGUUACUGAUGGGAUUUUUAGAAAGAGGAAAAAUAACGAGUGAUUAUAUUCUGGAAUUAUGAGUGAAUUUUUUAAUGUAGGUGUGGGUGUACUUUCUGCAGAUUAAGGAUUAUUCCCUCUUGGAACUCUGUAUGAAUGAUGUCAUCUGCAAAAGCUUUGAAUUUUCUGCAAGCUGCUGUUUGUCUGUCUGUGGGAUAGUAAGCACGGAGUUGUACUUCAGCCCAAUACAAGGAGCUAGCAGUUCUGCAGGUCAGCACAGCACGGUGAAAGAAGAACAAUGAUAGCAAUGGCAGGAUUGAGGAAAGCUAGAAGAAUGACGACAGAGACUCAAGUUAUGAAGUGAUACUGACCCUGAUUGGUUUAUUGUUGCAUUGAUUGUGGAAUACUUCAAAAGACAACAUUUUGAAGGAAGUGCAGAGGUUCUGAUUGUCGUGAAACAGCUUAAUUGGAUGUGCGAUGAUAACAUUUAGCUUUGACAUCCAGGCAAAGGCACAAAUGUCUCCCACAAGGUUAAAGUGUGGUGGGUUUCACUUCUCUCCUUAGACGGACAUACAAUGAGCUCUCUAGGAGACAGAGAUGACAGCAGCAUUUUUGAUGGGCUUAUGGAAGAAGAUGAUAAAGACAAGGCAAAAAGGGUGUCUAGAAAUAAAUCUGAAAAGAAACGUAGAGAUCAGUUUAAUAUCCUUAUCAAAGAGCUGGGAUCUAUGCUACCAGGAAAUACGCGAAAGAUGGACAAAUCAACCAUACUGCAGAAAUCGAUUGAUUAUUUGCGGAAACACAAAGAAAUCACGGCACAGUCAGAUGCAAGUGAAAUACGACAGGACUGGAAGCCAACAUUCCUUAGCAAUGAAGAGUUUACCCAGCUAAUGCUAGAGGCUCUUGAUGGUUUUUUUAUAGCAGUAAUGACAGAUGGGCACAUAUUGUAUGUGUCUGAAAGUGUAACUCCUUUACUUGAACAUUUACCAUCUGAUCUUAUAGAUCAAAAUUUAUUAAAUUUUCUCCCAGAGGGGGAGCAUUCUGAAAUUUAUAAAAUUAUCUCCAGCCACGCAAUGGAAGGUGAUGCAGUGAUGCCAGAGUACUUAAAAUCAAAAAAUCAACUAGAGUUUUGCUGCCAUAUGCUUAGAGGAGCACUAGAUUCUAAAGAACCACCUGUGUAUGAAUAUGUGAAAUUUAUAGGAAAUUUCAAGACACUGAUUAAUGUGCCUACUUCUACCCACAAUGGUUUUGAUGAAGUUAUACAGAGAUCACUUCUUACUGCAUAUGAAGAUGGUGUCUGCUUUGUAGCUACUGUAAGAUUAGUUACACCUCAGUUCCUUAAGGAAAUGUGUGCCGUUGAAGAACCAAAUGAAGAGUUUACAUCCAGGCACAGUUUAGAGUGGAAGUUCCUGUUCUUGGAUCAUAGGGCACCCCCAAUAAUAGGGUAUUUACCAUUUGAGGUACUUGGUACAUCAGGUUAUGAUUACUACCAUGUGGAUGACCUUGAAACCCUUGCAAAGUGUCAUGAACAUUUGAUGCAGUAUGGAAAAGGUAAAUCCUGUUACUACAGAUUCCUAACCAAGGGGCAGCAGUGGAUUUGGCUUCAGACGCAAUACUACAUCACCUACCAUCAGUGGAAUUCGAGGCCAGAGUUUAUCGUUUGCACACAUACUGUAGUAAGCUAUGCAGAAGUGCGGGCAGAAAGAAGACGGGAUCUGGAUGCUGAGGACCCUCCUUCUGAAAUUAGUGGAGACAAGAGUCAAGAUUCAGGGUCUGACAGUCAGCUAAAUACUGUUAGUCUUAAGGAAGCCCUGGAGAGGUUUGAACAUAGUAGGACACCAUCUGCUUCUUCUCGGAGCUCAAGAAAAUCAUCUUCACACACUGCAGUAUCUGACCCUGCAUCUACGCCCACAAAACUCCAGACAGACACUAGUACACCUCCAAGGCAAAGUGUAACAAGCCAUGAAAUGACUCCACAGAGGAGACCAUCUCAGGGUAGUCAGUGUUUGAACUCUCAGAGUGUUGGACAGUCCUUGCAACAUCCAGGACUUAAUCAGUCUGCAACAUCCUUACAGAUUCAGCCAGGUGUAUCACAGCCCAUGUUUCAGUUUUCAACUCGGCUGGGAGCCAUGCAGCAUCUAAAGGACCAGUUAGAGCAAAGAACACGCAUGAUUGAAGCAAAUAUACAACGCCAGCAAGAAGAGCUACGCAAUAUACAGGAACAGCUUAGUCUUGUUCAGGGUCAAGGUUUUCAGAUGUAUCUACCACAGUCUACUACAGGACUUAAUUUCAAUUCUGUGCAGCUUACAUCUGGGAACUCUUCCAACAUUCAGCAACUCACACCCAUUAACUUGCAGGGGCAGGUUGUGCAGUCCAACUCUAUCCAAGGUGGGGUCAGCAGUGGACACGUUAGCAGUCAGCGAAUGAUGCAACAGCAGAAUUUGCAAAGCACAACACAGACACAGCCAAGUCAGCAGACACUGCGAACUGUACCUAGCCAGCAAGCAACUCUGUCCAGCCAGAUGCAGAAAACACUUACAGCUUCGUUGUAUAACACUAUGAUGAUUUCACAGCCCACAGCUGCAAAUGUGGUUCAGUUACCAUCAAGCAUCUCCCAAACAAGUAACCAAAGUGGUGCAGUAAACACUUUCACUCAGGAUAGACAGAUAAGGCUUCCUCAAGGACAGCAGCUUUUAACAAAGCUGGUUACUGCUCCAGUCGCAUGCGGCACAGUUAUGGUUCCUACAACCAUGUUUAUGGGACAGGUGGUGACAGCCUAUCCAACAUUUGCCACACAGCAGCAACAACAACAACAACCUCAGACGUUGUCAGUCACACAACAGCAAGCUCCACAGCAACAGCAGCAGCAGCAGCUCACCACAGUUCAGCAGUCAGCUCAAAUCCAGACUCAGCUGUCACAGCAGGCCCAGCAAUUCUUACAGACUCCCAGAUUACUGCAUGGAGGUCAGUCUGCUCAGCUCAUCCUGUCAGCUGCUUUUCCUCUUCAACAGUCUAGUAGUUUCAGUCAGUCGCAGCAACAGCCACAACAACAGCAGCAACAGCGUUCACGACACAGGACUGACAGUGUGCCUGACCUAUCAAAUGUACAGCCUCAAUAACUCUAAAAUGUACAGUUACAGUUAAUCUCUAAAUUUAACACGUUGGUGUACGAUGGUCCUGUACAGUAAGUCACUGCUUGUACAGUACAGUGCUCAGAAGUCCUUCUCCGUGCAAGAGGACCUACAGGUUCAGACAUUUGGUCUAUGUGCUCAAGUGAAGAACUGGUGCUGCAAAUCUAGGGGAUUUUGACUGAGCUCCUCUAUGUCAGAAUCUCACCUUGCAAACUGAUAUUAGAAAACCUGGAAGUGUUUUUAACUAUAGACUACUACAAAUGUGUUGUACUGCUGGAAAACUGAACAGUAAGGGGGAAUAGAGUUUAGAACAUAAUACCGAUUGGUAUUUCUUUUAGAGUGGACCUAGAAUAUAAAUAAAGGCCCUGUCAGACAUCCUGUACAGGUCAGACAGCUUCAGUAAUUUACAGAAGUCAAGAGCACUAAUGUUUUUUUUUUUUUUUUUUUGGUACUGUAUAACUCUAACACCACUGUUUUAUCGAGCAGUCAUUUUAAUUUGUGGAGACCUGUCAUGGUUAUGCUGCUGCCUUCAUUUCUUAAUGUUACUUGGUAAUUCUGUUAAAGUAUUUUAAGAGUUCUGUUUGUGAGAUGAUUAUAAGAUAGAAAAUAUUUUUAAAAGUGUUUGAGAAAACUACUGUACAGAUAUUGUAAAAAUAUGUAUAUACCUGGAUAUAAAAGAGAGCAAAAUAUUUUA